UGGGCAAAAUUAUGAACUUGUGUUCCUCGGGCGCAACGGCAUCGACCACAUCUUUAUCGUCCACGGGACAGACGGAGAGGAGCGGCGGAGUUCCGGGAGGCGGAACAGAAGGCGGCGGAGGAGGAGGAGGCGGAGCAGGAGGCGAGAUUUCGUCCGAGGGCACAAGCCUCUGCUUUGGCGGAGGACCGGGCACAGCGGGUGCCAUCUCCGGGGCGGAGGAGCUGUCCAACGCCACUAGCCCGGCCAACGGAGCGGGUGGAGCGAGUGCGUCCACUGCCGGUGGACAACAGCCGACUGGCAGCAACGGUCACAGCCAGCCACACAACGAAAACAACGCAACCAUGCCGCCCGAGACGCGUCCCAAGAUGGUGACCGUCAAGCAUCCGGAGUCGAACAAGCCCAAGCCCACCACCAAGAAGAGCAAGCCCAUCCAGGCGGACCAGGACGUCAUCAAGGCGCUGCAGCGGUGCCGCGAUGAAGGCAUCAAGCGCUUGGACCUGAGCAAAUCCUCGAUCACAGUGAUUCCCAGCACGGUGAAGGAGUGCGUGCACCUGACGGAGCUGUACCUGUACAGUAACAAGAUCGGCCAGUUGCCGCCGGAGAUCGGAUGUCUGGUGAGCCUGCGCAACCUGGCGUUGAACGAGAACUCGCUCACCUCGCUGCCGGAGUCGCUGCAGAACUGCAGCCAGCUGAAAGUGCUGGAUCUGCGGCACAACAAGCUGGCGGAGAUUCCGCCGGUGAUCUAUAGGCUGCGCAGCCUGACCACGCUUUACCUGCGCUUCAAUCGUAUCACCACCGUGGCGGACGAUCUCCGCCAGCUGGUCAACCUGACGAUGCUGAGUCUGCGGGAGAACAAGAUCCGGGAGCUGGGCAGCGCCAUUGGGGCGUUGGUGAACCUCACCACCUUGGACGUGUCGCACAAUCACCUGGAGCACCUGCCCGAGGACAUUGGGAACUGUGUGAACCUCAGCGCCCUGGACCUGCAGCACAACGAACUGCUGGACAUUCCGGACAGUAUUGGCAACCUCAAGUCCCUGGUGCGCUUGGGCAUGAGAUACAAUCGCUUGAGCAGCGUGCCGGCCACUCUGAAGAACUGCAAGAGCAUGGACGAGUUCAAUGUGGAGGGUAACGGCAUAACCCAGCUGCCGGACGGAAUGCUGGCCAGCUUGAGCGGCCUAACUACAAUCACUCUCUCGCGGAAUCAGUUCACCAGCUAUCCCACUGGCGGACCAGCGCAGUUCACCAAUGUCUAUAGCAUCAACCUGGAGCACAAUCGCAUCGACAAGAUCCCCUAUGGGAUUUUCUCGAGGGCCAAGGGACUGACCAAGCUAAACAUGAAGGAGAAUAUGCUGACGGCGUUGCCUUUGGACAUUGGCACCUGGGUUAACAUGGUCGAGCUGAACCUGGCCACGAAUGCGCUGCAGAAGCUGCCCGACGAUAUCAUGAACCUGCAAAACCUCGAGAUACUCAUCCUGUCCAACAACAUGCUCAAGAAGAUACCGAAUACGAUUGGGAAUCUGCGGAGGUUGAGGAUACUGGACUUGGAGGAGAACCGCAUUGAGGUGUUGCCGCACGAGAUUGGUCUGUUGCACGAGCUGCAGCGGUUGAUCCUGCAGACCAACCAGAUCACCAUGCUGCCGCGCAGCAUCGGCCACCUGGGCAACCUGACUCACCUGUCUGUUAGCGAGAAUAACCUGCAGUUCCUGCCCGAGGAGAUUGGUUCGCUGGAGAGCCUGGAGAAUCUGUACAUCAACCAGAAUCCCGGCUUGGAGAAGCUGCCCUUUGAGCUAGCCCUCUGCCAGAAUCUGAAAUAUCUAAACAUCGACAAGUGUCCGCUGAGCACGAUUCCACCGGAGAUCCAGGCGGGCGGGCCGUCGCUGGUGCUGCAGUGGCUCAAGAUGCACUCGCCGUACCGCCAGAUGUGAGAUGUGGACGGCGUUUGGCGCACCGUCUACGUGGGCAGCGACUGCUACUAUCAGUAUGAGCUGCAGACGGUGAACCAGGCGCCCCGUGGAAGUGGUGGUGUUGGUAGUGGUAGUGGUGGUAACGGAGGUGCAGCUGGAGGGGGAUCUGCUUCCAGAAGCAGCGACCGUCGCUAACGGUGCGAUCUCAGCUAACGGGCGAGAUCUUGUACCCAUCCUUAGUCCCAAUCCUUAAGGGAAGAAACCACAUUAAAUGGGUGGUUUUGCUCUAAAAAAAAUCGUUCUAAUUAAAACCAAUCCAAAUAGGACAAACGUGACGUACUCUUGAUAUAGUUUUAUUUUUUAAUCCUAAAUUUAUGUAUUUUUUUAAUUUACUCCAUAUAAACUUAAUUUGUUCU